UGUAUGGUGUGUGUGUGUGAGGUGUAGAUCAGGCAGGAAGAGUGGUGUGUGUGUGCAGUGUUUGUACAGUGUUUACAGUGUGUGUGUGUGUGUGUGUGUAGUAUGAGUGCAGAGUUUACAGUGUGUGUGUGUGUGUACGGUGUGUGCGUGAGGUGUAGAUCAGGCAGGAAGUGUGGUGUGUGUGUGUGUGUGUGUGUGUGUAGUGUGAGUGCAGAGUUCAGAGUCUGUGUGUAGUGUGUGUGUAGUGUGUACGGUGUGUGUGUGUGAGGUGUAGAUCAGGCAGGACGGGUGGUGGGCGUGUGUGUGUGUGUGUGUGUGUGUGUGUGUGUGUGUAGUGUGAGUGCAGAGUUCAGAGUCUGUGUGUAGUGUGUGUGUAGUGUGUACGGUGUGUGUGUGUGAGGUGUAGAUCAGGCAGGAAGUGUGUGUGUGUGUGUGUGUGUGUGUGUGUGUGUGUGUGUGUGUGUGUGUGUGUGUGUAGUGUGAGUGCAGAGUUCAGAGUCUGUGUGUAGUGUGUGUGUAGUGUGUACGGUGUGUGUGUGUGAGGUGUAGAUCAGGCAGGACGGGUGGUGGGCGUGUGUGUGUGUGUGUGUGUGUGUGUGUGUGUGUGUAGUGUGAGUGCAGAGUUCAGAGUCUGUGUGUAGUGUGUGUGUAGUGUGUACGGUGUGUGUGUGUGAGGUGUAGAUCAGGCAGGAAGUGUGGUGUGUGUGUGUGUGUGUGUGUGUGUGUGUGUGUGUGUAGUGUGAGUGCAGAGUUCAGAGUCUGUGUGUAGUGUGUGUGUAGUGUGUACGGUGUGUGUGUGUGAGGUGUAGAUCAGGCAGGAAGUGUGGUGUGUGUGUGUGUGUGUGUGUGUGUGUGUGUGUGUGUGUGUAGUGUGAGUGCAGAGUUCAGAGUCUGUGUGUAGUGUGUGUGUAGUGUGUACGGUGUGUGUGUGUGAGGUGUAGAUCAGGCAGGAAGUGUGUGUGUGUGUGUGUGUGUGUGUGUGUGUGUGUGUGUGUGUGUGUGUGUGUGUGUGUAGUGUGAGUGCAGAGUUCAGAGUCUGUGUGUAGUGUGUGUGUAGUGUGUACGGUGUGUGUGUGUGAGGUGUAGAUCAGGCAGGAAGUGUGUGUGUGUGUGUGUGUGUGUGUGUGUGUGUGUGUGUGUGUGUGUGUGUAGUGUGAGUGCAGAGUUCAGAGUCUGUGUGUAGUGUGUGUGUAGUGUGUACGGUGUGUGUGUGUGAGGUGUAGAUUAGGCAGGAAGAGUGGUGGGCGUGGCACUUGAGCAGAAAUGAAACUUACCAGCUCAUGUAGGAAGAGUAAAUGAGAGACGGUCGGGAUCAGAUCUACAGCGAUAACGUCAGUCAUGAGUUCCUCAGCUCACCCAAGUUCCUCCACCUCAGACGUGGCUGCACUGGGUUCCUCCACUUCUGCACUGGGCCAUUCACCUCCACCUUACUCCACCUCAGACGUGUCUGCACUUAGGACAUCCUUUAAUUUCAACUCCUCCUCAACCUCCCUCACAGCUUCAGGUUCACCUGGAUUAUUUACCUUUGGUAGGACUUCCACACCUUCCCCCAUUUCCUUAACCUCAGUCUUGAUCUCAGGUUCCUCUGGACUCUCCGCUUUAGGCCAAAGUUCCAUAAUCUCCUCUUCUUCCACCACCUCAGGAAGAGUUUCCAGCAAUUCUCCCACUUCCCCAACCUCAGGCAUGGCUCUGUCAAGUUCCCCAACCUCAGCCACAACCCCAAGUUCCCCUGGAUUCUUCACUGUAGGCCAGACUUUAUUUAGUGCUCCCACUUCUCCAACCUCAGCCACAACCCCAAGUUCUCCUGGAUUCUUCACUGUAGGCCAGACUUUAUUUAGUGCUCCCACUUCUCCAACCUCAGCCACAACUCCAAGUUCCCCUGGAUUCUCCAUUGUAGGCCAGACUUCAUUAAGUACCCCCACUUCCCCAACCUCAAACAAGACCUCAAGUUCCUCUGGACUCUUCACUUCAGGCCAGAUUUUCUUAAGUACCUCCACUUCUCCAACAUCAAACAAGACUUCAGGUUUCCCUGAUUUCUCCAAAUUAGGCCAGAGUUCCAUAAUUUCCUCAACUUCCACCACCUCGGGAGGGGUUUCCACUAAUUCUCCCACUUCCACCACCUCAGUCGCGACUUCAAGUUCUCCUGCCUCCCCCACCUCAGGCAUGGCUCUGUCAAGUGCCCCCACUUCCCCAACCUCAGCCACAACCCCAAGUUCCCCUGGAUUCUCCACUGUAGGCCAGACUUUAUUAAGUACCCCCACUUCCCCAACCUCAAACAAGACCUCAAGUUCUCCUGGACUCUCCGCUGUAGGCCAGAGUUUCAUAAUUUCCUCAACUUCCAGCACCUCAGGCAUGGCUCUGUCAAGUUCCCCAACCUCAGCCUCAACCCCAAGUUUCCCUGGAUUCUCCACUGUAGGCCAGACUUCAUUUAGUGCUCCCACUUCUCCAACCUCAGCCACAACCCCAAGUUCUCCUGGAUUCUCCAUUGUAGGCCAGACUUUAUUAAGUACCCCCACUUCCCCAACCUCAGUUAUGACUUCAAGUUCCUCUGGACUCUUCACUUCAAGCCAGAUUUUCUUAAGUACCCCCACUUCUCCAACAUCAAACAAGACUUCAGGUUUCCCUGAUUUCUCCAAAUUAGACCAGAGUUCCAUAAUUUCCUCAACUUCCACCACCGCAGGAGGGGUUUCCACUAAUACUCCCACUUCCACCACCUCAGUCGCGACUUCAAGUUCUCCUGCCUCCCCCACCUCAGGCAUGGCUCUGUCAAGUGCCCCCACUUCCCCAACCUCAGCCACAACCCCAAGUUCCCCUGGAUUCUCCACUGUAGGCCAGACUUUAUUAAGUACCCCCACUUCCCCAACUUCAAACAAGACCUCAAGUUCUCCUGGACUCUCCGCUUUAGGCCAGAGUUCCAUAAUUUCCUCAACUUCCACCACCUUGGGAGGGGUUUCCACUAAUUCUCCCACUUCCACCACCCCAGUCGGGACUUCAAGUUUCCCUGCAUCCCCCAUCUCAGGCAUGGCUCUGUCAAGUACCCCCACUUCCCAAACCCCAAACAAGACUUCAAGUUCCCCCGGACUCUCCACUUCAGACCAGAGUUCCUUAAGUAUCUCUUCUUUCCCCACCCCAGGAGGGGUUUCCUCCACUUCCAUUCCUCCAGGAACUGGUUCCCUGACCUCCCCCACUUUGCACCCACCAGGACCAGAUGAGUUGACCGGACAGCCAGGCGAGAUAGCCUGUGACUUCUGUGACCAAACCAAUUGCAGGUACAAGGCAGUCAAGUCCUGCUUGAUGUGCUCACUGUCUUACUGCACCCAUCAUCUCAAAAUACACCAGAGACAAGUACGAGUGAAGGGGCAUAUGCUGGUGGCACCAUGCGCUGAGAUGGACCAGCGUGCAUGCCUAACCCAUGGUAGACCUCUGGAGCUGUACUCUGUUAAUGAAGACAGGCUCGUUUGCAGCCUCUGUGUGCAGGAGGGGAUGAAGGUCGUGUCCGUGGAUCAGGAGCGAGAGAAGAGACAGAGCAAGAUAAACCAUGAGAUAGACGUCAUGAAGGAGAAGAUACACCAGCGAGAGGAGAAAGUGAUCCAUUUUAACCAGUCAGCAGCGACCUGUGUGGAUCUGGUUAAGCAGGAGGAGGAGAAGAUAAAGGAGGUGUUUAGAGAUAUUAAAGAGAUAGUUAAGAGGGCAGAGGAGGAGGCACUGCGCCCUCUAAUGGACAGAAGAAUGGAGGUGGAGACCGAUGCAAAGGAUCUUGUGAAGGAUCUACAGGAUGAAAUAACCAAAUUUAAAACCGCCAUCUCAGCUCUACAGCAGAUAAGUUCUGCAGAAGAUCCCAUCGUCUUCCUGCAGACAUAUCCCAGUAGCAUAAAGUUAAACAAGGAUAAAGACUGGAAUAAAGUCGACUUGGACACCAGUCUGACUUUCGGCACCAUGAGGAACAUACUGGUGACCAUGAUGGCUGAUACAAAGACGGAAUUUGAAAAGCUGUCCAGUAUUGAAACUUGGAGGAUUAAGAAGUUUGCAGUAAACGUGACCCUGGAUCCAGACACGGCCAACCCUCAGCUCAACAUAUCCGAGGACAGGAGGGAGGUGAGCAGCCUGAAAGACGACUCCAUGAAGAAGACGGGUGUGGACCAAGACGACAGCUUCGAUAGGUUUGAUGUGUUUGGGAGCAUCUUGGGCAGUUGCUGGCUGGCCGAAGGCAGGGCGUACUGGGAGGUAGAGGUCGGAAACAAGCGAGGAUGGGACGUCGGGGUGGCACUAGAGGAGGCCAACAGGAAGGGUGACCUGUCUCUAAAGCCCAGCCAAGGCUACUGGGUGAUCGUUCAUUACGACGGUGAGCAUUACGCAGCUCUGGAGGACUCACCCAUCCUGUUGUGUCUUCAGAACAAACCCAGUAAAGUCGGCGUCUUCGUGGACUUUCAGGAGAAGCUGGUGUCCUUCUACGACUUAGGAGCCAAAACUCACAUUCACUCGUUUACAGACUGUGAUUUCGGAGGGGGGGUUCGACCGUACUUCAGCCCUCACCUCAAUCAUGAUACACCACUGGUCAUUUGUCCUGAAAUCUAAGAGGUCUGGUUAAUAAUACAGCUGGACAUACGUCCGUUUGCUCUGAGAGUUUGAUAUGUUUAGAUUUUAAUGCCUUAAUUAUAUAAUAUAAUGAUCUCUGGUUUUCCUGACAAUCGUUUAGUAAUAAAUCAGUCAAAUAUUUCACACUGAUGUAGAUUAAGAAGAACCUUUCUAGUGAAAAGGCUCUAAUUUUAUGGAUGAUGCUUUAUAGAUGGUGUGCAGACUUUUCUGAGUUGUUAAUUCUGUCAUUUCGGACAGCAAACGCCAAUAAAUCCUAAUAAAACACUACAUGCAGGAUUCAA